GCUAUCCCUGCAGCUCAGAGCCAUGUAGAGCUGUUGGCAUGUCUUUGAACAGGUGACGGGAAGGAGUGGUGAGGUAAGGGAGGUGGAGAGGCAGAUGAAGUUAUUUAUGUCGCAGCAAAACUGCAGAAGUGACUUACAGUCAUGGCUCUCUACAGAGUGAUCUGUGCGGCGGCUCUGCUCACCCUCCUGACUCAAGAGUCCCAUUCACAAACAAAUGUGUGUGGUAAGCCUGCGCUCAACACCAGGAUAGUUGGAGGACAGGCGGCCCCUGAAGGCAGCUGGCCCUGGCAGGCCAGCCUGCAUACAUCUGGGAACCACUUCUGUGGAGGGUCCCUCAUUAACAAUGAAUGGGUGCUGACUGCAGCUCACUGUUUCCAAAGUUCCUCCACAAACAAUCUUGUGUAUCUGGGUCGCCAAAAUCAAGAGGGCGCCAACCCUAACGAGGUCUUGAGGAUGAUUACACGGAUCAUAAACCACCCCAACUUCACCUCUGCAACAAGCGGCAAUGACAUCUGUCUCCUAAAACUCUCCUCUCCGGUCACUUUCACCAAUUACAUAUCUCCCGUGUGCCUGGCAGCUCCGGGCAGCACCUUCUUCAGCGGGACAGACAACUGGGUCACCGGCUGGGGCAACACCAGAGAUGGUAGUCCUCUUCCAUCCCCGCAAAGUCUCAUGGAGGUGGAGGUGCCCAUCGUGGGGAGCAGGCAGUGUAAGUGUGACUAUGGAGUGGAUGCUAUCACAGACAACAUGAUCUGCGCCGGGCUCCGAGCCGGAGGGAAGGACUCCUGUCAGGGGGACUCCGGCGGUCCGCUGGUGACCAAGCAGGGCAGCCGCUGGAUCCAGGACGGAGUCGUGAGUUUCGGAAAAGGUUGUGCCUUACCAAAAUUUCCAGGAGUCUACACCAGAGUGUCAAAGUAUCAGGACUGGAUCAACAGCAUAAUCACCAGCAACCAGCCGGGCUAUUUCAAGUUCACGUCCAAAGGGACCGACAGCGACCUCAGCGUGUCCUGCACCGGCCUGCCCCCACUUCCAACCACCGGCCCUACUGCACCCCCACCAAAGGUCACUCCACAGCCGCUAGAAUCUGGAAAAACCACGCCUCAACCUCUACCCACUGCAAAGGUCACUCCACAGCCGCCAGAACCUGGAAAAACCACGCCUCAGCCUCUACCCACUGCAAAGGUCACUCCACAGCCGCCAGAACCUGGAAAAACCACGCCUCGGCCUCUACCCACUGCAAAGGUCACUCCACAGCCGCCAGAACCUGGAAAAACCACGCCUCAGCCUCUACCCACUGCAAAGGUCACUCCACAGCCGCCAGAACCUGGAAAAACCACGCCUCGGCCUCUACCCACGGCUGUGUUCUGUGGCAAAGCCCCGAAGAAUUCACGUAUUGUGGGAGGGAGCUCGGUGGCGACGGCCGGCGAGUGGCCAUGGAUGGCGAGUCUGCAGAAGAACGGGAGUCAUGUGUGUGGCGGAACUUUGGUGGCCAUGGACGCCGUCUUGAGCAACGCGGACUGCUUCACAAGUUCCCCCUCAGCGUCUGAUUGGACUGUUGUGUUGGGUCGGCUGAAACAGAACGGGUCCAACCCCUUUGAGGUGACAAUGAAUGUGUCAAACAUUACUCUGAGCAAGAUGACGGGGUCUAAUGUAGCCGUACUGCACCUCGGAACCAAGCCAACCCUGUCUGACUACAUCCAGCCCAUCUGCAUGGACAAUGGACAGACCUUUUCCGUGGGCACGUCGUGCUGGGUUGCUGGCUGGAGCUCUGCGCGAGGAGGAGAAGAACAAGUCCUGCAGGAGUUUAAGACCUCUGUGGAAAAUUGUGUAAACGCGUCGUCGAGUGACAGUAUAUGUACCGGGUUUUUUACACUGGAUCCAACUGACUCUGGAGGUCCGAUGAUGUGUAACCAGGACGGCUCCUGGUUCCAGGCAGUGGUGCUCUCAGUGGAAAGCACAGCCAAUAAGACACAAUCAAAAGCAUUAGUGAAGGAAUUUGAAAAACUCAGUCGCUUCAAGAGCUUCCUGGCUUCAACCGUGGGAUUCUUAUCUUCAGGCUCCUCCAGCAACAUCACAAACUCCACCGCUGCCCCAACACCGCCCACCAACAGCGGGGGGGGCCCUGCUAUCUCCCCCCUCUUCUUCCUCCUCAAUCUCCUCAUCUUUUCCACCUGUAUCCGACUCUUUUUAUAGAAAGCUCCUACUUUGUCUGUAAAUUGUGAUUUACAUGAUGUGGCGAGCACAAAUGAAUGUACACCUCGUAGAAUAGGGAAUGUGAGUACAGUUUAAGCCUUUGGGUUUAAAUCAGCUUCAACUACAUCUGUCAACUUACUUAUACACAAACAAAUGUAUUAGCUGCCUUGGAGUUUUGGUGGAUAACAGAGAUGGAAAUCUAAUGUUUUACAUUUGUUAAACUGCAUAAGUAAGUAGUAGUCAAGAACUAAUACUGAAAAACUAUCGGAAAAAAACACCUUUUAUGAAGAAAUAUAUGAUGAAAAUAUAAAAACUCGCAGGAAAUAUGCAAAACUUGUAAUACAAAAAAAAUGUGUGCAUGUACAGAGAUCAUUUUCUAAAGUAGGUUUUUAGUUAAAAAUAAACUUUUAAAUGUGAAUUACUUUGAAGGAGAUUAACCUGCAGCCAGCUUCACUGCUCUAUCACAAAAUAAACCAUGAUUCAAAUCAUUUUAUGAUCCUCUAUGCUAAUUCCAGUCUAAAAAUGAAGAAUAGUUUGAGCUGCACUGAAAAUAGUCUGGUAUGGUUUAUGAAGCUAGAUGGACUUCAUAUGUACGUUUUGUCAUACAUAAACUGCUACAUACUGAGGAAUAUUUUGUGAGAACUGUAUGAUUGUUAAACCUCAAAGUGACAAUUACCAUGGAUCCACACAUUAGGCACAUGGCCUUAACAUGUUAUUAUCUUUUACAAAGAUGUCACCUCCAACUUUUUUCAAUGUGUUUUCUUUAUUUUGUAAACAAACAUUGAGAAACACAUUAAUAAUUAUCUUUAUUGUUGUGGUUUAUAUCAACAUUAAAUACAUAAUGAAAAUUUG